AGGAUGUAGCAACACUGAAGACACGGUGUUUCACGACUCUGAUGAUUCAACUAAUCUGAGACUGACUGAGCAAAAAGAAAAAAAAAGGAGAGAGAGAGAGAGAAACGGAAGUGUGAGCUCCUCCUUUAGUGUGUGUGUGUGUGAGAGAGAGAGACACUCAGGCUGAUUUAGGCUCUACGUCAGAGGGACGAUGGUGGCAGGCUGGUAAAGAUGGCCGCUCUCUCCGAGGACGGGAGAUACGGACUCAAUUGCGGCCGCAAUGCCGACAGAAUCACUGUUUUGCACGUAAAGCUCACCGAGCAAGCCAUACGAGCGCUAGAAACCUACCAAAACUGUAAGAAUGUACCGUCCUCACAGCCAACAAUACAUUUCCAAGGACUGCACGGGCGCAUCAAGAUUCCAAAGUCUGACGUCUCGGAUGGAUCUCACAUCUUCGAUUUCUACCUGUCCAAUGUUGGCAAGGACAAUCCUCAGGGAAGCUUUGAAUGCAUUCAGCAGCAUGUGUCCAGCUCCGGGGUCCCCCACUUGUCCUCUCUGGGGGCGAUCCAGGACAAAAUCACAGUGUGUGCCACCAACGAUUCCUACCAGGUGACCAGAGAGCGCAUGACACAAGCCGAGGAGGAUACGCGCAAGAGGGGAACCAAGGUCAUCAAACCUGGAGGGCAAUUCAGAGGUACCAAGGUGCAGAUCCGAAAGCCAGCUCCCUCUGCCCCCGACCUGGUCCCAGAGAGGAAACGGUCAACCCCCAUGAACCCAGCCAACACCAUCCGCAAGUGCCUUACCAACAACCCAGUGUCCCAGCGGCCAUACCGGGAGCGCAUCAUCCACCUGCUGGCGCUGCGCUCCUACAAGAAGCUGGAGGUCUUGGCCAGGCUGCAGCGAGAUGGGAUCAGCCAAAAGGACCGCAACUCACUGGGGAGCACCUUACAGCAGGUCGCCAAUCUGAACCCAAAGGAUAACUCGUACUCCUUAAAGGAAUUCAUUUACCGUGAGGUCCAGAGAGACUGGCCUGGCUACUCGGAGGAUGAGCGUGUUCAGCUGGACCGGAUCCUAGCUCGUAAAUUGGGCCUGCCUGCAGAUUCACUCUCAUCCAGCAGUUCUCCAAAAGAACCAUCAUCACCACAGAAGCGCCAGCCUCAGGGUGACUUCAUUGACCCUCUGAUGUCCAAGAAACCCCGUAUCUCCCACCUCAGCAGCCGAGGACCUCAGAGUUCUUCGGAUCGCCGCCCGCCUACAGAAACCGAGGAGAAGAGACCGGCUCCUCCAGUGAACGCAGCCUGCCCAGGCCCUUCGUCCCAGCCUCCAGUGUCCCAUCCUCCCUCUGGCUCGAACUCCAACUCGCCCAGCACACCCGAGGGCCGCGGAACCCAGGACCUGCCCCUGGACCAGAGCUCCACGUGCGGGGAGGAGACCGAACGCUACGCUCCCAGCUCCAACUUUCUCCCAGCCUCUGCCACAUCCCCAGCAGCCAACAGUAGCAAAAAGCCCAAAAAGAAGUCAAAGAAGCACAAAGACAAGGAACGGGAUAGGAGAGGGGAGGAUGAGAGCGUGCGGCACAGGGAGGGACCGGCUGAAAAGGAAGAGAGGCCGAGAAAGAAACACCGUGCCGAGGCAGAGAAACACUCGCCAGCUAAUGUAAACAGCCCUUCAGAUGCAGAACUGCACAAAAAAGACAGAACAAACAAAGCUGAGCUCACAGAACUUUCCACCCCAGUGAUACCUGAUUAUAUAGCUAAAUACACUGCAGUAGUGUCUAUGGAUCAGAGGCAGUGCUACAAGGACGACUUCAACGCCGAGUACGAUGAGUAUCGCACUCUUCACGCUCGUGUGGAGAGCAUCACACGGCGUUUCACGCAGCUGGACACUCAGUGCAGACGCCUGCUGCCCGGAACCAAAGAGUACCAGGAGGUGCAUGAAGAGGUGCUUCAAGAAUACAAGAAAGUCAAACAACACAACCCAAAUUACCAUGAAGAGAAGCAGCGCUGCGAGUACCUGCACAACAAGCUGGCCCACAUCAAGAGGCUUAUUGCUGACUUUGACCAGCGGAGGGCGCAGUCCUGGCGUUAAGUGGUCGGACCCCAGCAGCCAAUCAGAGCUCUUCUCAGCCUAAAAGACCACAACCAGUGGCAGCCAGGGGAUCAGCCAGCCUUUUUUUUCUUCUCCCCUCCCCUCUCCUUCUUCCCCCACAACCCCUCCAAUAGUUUCUUUUUGAUCUUUUGCCUAUUCCCCUUUAACAAGUCUACAUUUCAUGAAUGUUUUGUUUGUUUGUUUUUCCUGCUUCCUUUCCUUCCCCUGUUCCUUCUGACCACUGCCUCCACUGUUUAAGAGAAGAGAGCCACUCUUCCUGCUAGUGAUGUCAUGCAUGUCCCUGAGACUUUUUUCUUUUUUUUUUUGACAGACUUUAAAAGAAAAGAAAGGACAAAAAAGAGAAUUAAGCAGUUUUUUUUUUUUUCAAAGCAAAGAAAAUACUAUAUAGCUACCUGUAUUUAAAAGAGAAAGGAAGAUCUAUUUAUUUUGAACGGGAGGAGAAGAUUGAGUCCACGGAUGAUAAGGUUUCGUUUCAUUUCUGGAUGCAAAUGCAUUGCCGGGGGCCUUACAAUAUAGUGUCUAUUUGACUUCCUGAAGCCUUUUGCACAGGGGCAGCUGAGCCAGUGCGUAUUUAAAAAAAAAAAAAAAAAAAAAAUUUAAAAUAAAAUAAAAAGGGUACAUGGCAAAGGGGAGCGUGGAUGGUGGAUCCAGGAGCCAUAAGAUUCCUUUCCUCUCGGGACCCUGCCUUGAGCAGCAGCAGUAUUCUCGCUCACCGUGCAAAUGGUGCCUUAACGUGUUCGUUUACACACAAAGGAUGUGGAGUCCGACUGUGUUCCAGGGGCCCGGAGCAGAAGAAACGACUGUGACCUAGUGACAAAGUUCACACACGCAUCCGUGGAAGGUGUGUGUGACUUCGUGCGUGUGUGUGGCGCACUCGCAUUCGUGAGACAAUGAAAAAUAGCAGCGGAUUGUCAGUGUUUUUGUUUGAGAUGAUGUGCGAGUGUGUGCGCGCAAGAGCGAUCAAGAAGUGUGUGUGUGUGUGUGUGUGAGAGAAAGCGAGGGAAGUGUGUGGGGGGGUGGAAAUAUGGAUAAAAGAACAUAACUGGGGGGGGGGAUAAUUGAAAAUGAAAAACCAAAAAAAAAGCUGCUAUAAGCCUGUGAACCGCCAGAGCAUUGGUGAUCAACCUGGCUUGUUACAUGUCCUUAACUUUGGAAUGAUGAGGACAGACGAUGGCUUUGUAUCUGUGCGUGCGUAUGUGUUUUCUCUCCACAGCACCAGACAAACACAAGAACACAAUGCUCUGUGUUUGUUUUUUUUUGUUUGUUUUUUUAAGAGGCAGAACUACCAGAGCCAUACUUCUCAAUUUCAGAUGUAUUCUUCUUAAUUAUUCCAUAAGUUUCAAAAGUUUAUUUAUAAGCAAUGACUAGUAUGCGCUUUUUUUUUUUUUUUUAAUUCAGAUGAAAGACGUUUGCAGAUUUACUUUUGACAUAUGGUGAUCAGAGCUAAAUGCAAGUCUUUAUUUUCAUGGAAUACAUUUUUUUUUGGGGGGGGUGGAAUGAAAUGCUUAAGGUUUAAGGGAAAUUUUGUUUACAAAACCUGUGUUUGAAUAUUUUUCGGGGGGGAAAAAAAUCUCUAUUUGAAAAUAAACUGCAUCUGGUGGUUUAGCUUCUUUCUGUAAGAUGAUACGCAAUGAGUUUCCUUAAAGAACAUGCUCACAUCUUGGAUCACUAUUUUCCAUUCUUGCUUUUAUUGAAACAAGCACGGAAAGGGGUGGGAGGGGAGAAGCAGAAUUGGUCUGAUCGGGGAAUGAUUGUGCUGCUUUAUCAUGCAGUCAGAUCUAAUUUGAAUAUUUGAUCACUACAGAUAUAUGCAAAGUCUUAGUAGAUAUGGGAGACGAUUCUGCAGACGCUCUUAUUUCUGAGUAUUCUUACACUAGCAUGUGUGGAAAAGAAUCCGCUAUGGGUCAAACUGUGCAGCAAUCAGCCCACAAUGUAGUAUUAUGAAUCCUGUCUGUUAAAAAUAAGGAGUAUUGGGUACAAUUGGAUGAAUAAAUCCCAUUCAGUAUUUUUAUUUUUUUUUUUGCUCUGUUGCUGUCUGAGCUGAAUAGGAAAAGGGUUGGGUGGUGUGUCGAUUCAAAAUGCAUCCUUCCUCCUACCCAUUUUUCCUGGACAUUUAUUCUCUCACUUACAUUACUCUUGCGGUCCAGAACCGGAUAAUAGAAGACAAAGCCAAAUGUGUGUAAUGAUUAAUUAGUGGAGACGAGCAGCUCUUUAUCUCUCUGGCUUUCACACACUCGCCCUCCUUUAGUCUGAGCCCCAGUGCGUGUUUCUCCAAAUGGUGUCCCUUCAUUGAACAUGGCAACUCCACUCCUCUUGGGCUGGGUUAUGCAGAGAUUAAAUUCUUUAAUAUGUUCAUACUUCAAAUUUGAGCUUUUUCAAAGAGACCAUUAAAUGUGUUUGACACUAACCAUUUAGAGAGGGAGGUGAUUGAUUCUAAGUGCUGGUUAAAAGGCACAAAUCAAAACAUGCAAAAAUGAUGUUGGGGGGACAAACAAACUCCCUCUUAUGACUUAAGAGUGGGAUAGGGUUAAUGAAGAUUAUUUCCAACAUGUUCAUCUGAUAAAUGCAUUACAUGAGUUCAAUAAAAUGUGAACUUGGCAAAAA